AUGCAGCAGACACCAAGCUUCCUGCCCAUCCCGGGCGGCCAUAAGCCAUCUCCCCACCGCCAAGCUAGCUUUGGCACCGGUGGUGCCGAGGGCUCGUCGCGCUGGGGCGAGGGCGGCAUGCUGAUCUCGAGCACGCCACCUAACGCGUCACCCAGCUCGAACCCCCACAGCGGCUUCCACCCGGGAUCGUACGGUGCACCAUUAUCGUUCUCAGCCCUCGCGCUAGGCGCAACUCAGCCAGGCUCGUCACCGUACUCGAGCAGCAUGGCCAUGAGCAUCUCUCCCCCACGAUGGGGCGGUCCGGGCAGCCUUGGAGGCUUUGGCGGCGGCAGCUUCGUAGGCAGUGUCGGUGCGCUUGGCACGAGCUAUGGGCGGAACGCAGAUAGCCGCCAACGCGAGAUCGAAGCGAGCUUCGUCAAGGAUCUGACGUGUUGUGGGCGCCAGCUGUCGGGCCUCCACGAAUUGUUAGAACACUACGAGGAGGAGCAUGCCAACCUCGCGCCAGACAUGCGCAUGGCCGCCAUUAAUGCGGUGCAGUCCAACAGCAAUGGUGUCAAGCGUAGCUUCACGCCGAACACCACGAGCGUGUCUAUGAACCACAGCGAUGUGCCCGUCCUGCCAGGCAUGAUGGACAUGGACAUGGACGAGCCCUCGCCGACGCACACCGGCAUGUACCCCCAGGCCAGCGUCAACAUCAAUCUUGGAUCGUCGACGACGGCUGCGAGUCCGUGGGCAGGCAUCUUCCGCGGCGCAACCAACAUCCAUCCCCCAGCUUGUGUGCCUCCUAGCCUCCUUUCGUACGCUCCCCCACCACCAGCAACACCUGUCCAGCCAGUACCGACACCACCGCAACAGCCGCCCCAGACCCAGACUCCUACGACACCGACCCAAGCCCAACCGCAACUCAAGCUCUCGCAGGCCGAGAUUGAGGCACGAGUGUUCAAGAAGGCGGUUAAGAAGGCUGAACAGCGCGCAGUCAAGGAAAUCGGUAGCGAGGAAGACCCCGACGCUCCCACCGAGAAGCGCUUCCGGUGCCCAAUAGAGGGCUGCGGCAAGGUGUACAAGCAGGCCAACGGCUUGAAAUACCACCUCACCAGGAGUAUCAACUCUGGGCACGGCAACGUUGCGGCCAUGGGUGGGUUGCUGUCCCUGCUCGGCGAAGACAAGAUGUAG